GAGGGAGGGAGGGUGCUGGAUGCUCUCGUGCAGCUCGGUUCAUUUCUGCACUUUACUGUCCUGCUGCUGCCUGCUACCUCCGAUUACUGAAAAGAGACAGAGACAUCUAGACAGCACUUCUACUGAAAGAGAGAUAGAGAAGGAGAGAGCUAAAGAGAGAAAAAGAGAUAUAGAGAGUGAGGGAUAGAGAGAGAGAGACGGAGAGAGAGAGAUAUAUAUAGAGAGACGGAGAGAGAGAGACGGAGAGAGACAGAGAUAUAUAAAGAGAGAGAGAGAGAGCUAAAGAGAGAAAGAGAGAUAUAUAGAGAGGGGAUAGAGAGAUAGAGAGACGGAGAGAGAGAAGAUGACCAUCAACACGCUGACAAAAGGAGGAGCUCAGAGGGAGCAGAUGUAUUGCCUCAGAAAGAUGGAGAGAGUGAUCGUAGCAAUGCAAGAUCCUGACAUGGGGAUGAAGAUGAGAAACCAGAGACUCCUCAUCACCGUUAUACCACACGCCAUGACCGGUAAUGAUGUCAUUGAAUGGCUGAUUCAGAAAUACAACAUAACAGAGGAAGAGGCUCGCCACCUGGGAGGACUCCUGGUGCAGUAUGGGUACAUCUAUCCUCUGAGGGAGCCGCGCUCUCUACUGCUGAGAUCUGAUGACUCUCCUUACCGCUUCCAGACUCCAUAUUUCUGGACCAGUAGCCGCUGGCCUGCCACAGAGCUGGACUAUGCAAUCUAUCUGGCUAAGAAGAACAUCAGGAAACAGGGGGAGCUGGUGGACUAUGAGAAGGAGAACUACAGCAUCCUGCACAAGAGGAUUAACCACACCUGGGACUUUGUGGUGAUGCAGGCUAGAGAACAGCUCAGGGCCUCUAAGCAGAGAAGGAAGGCUGACCGUAUCGUUCUGGAGUGUCAGGAGCAAGCCUACUGGCUGAUCAACAAACCAUGU